AUGGCAGCCCGCAGCAGGCCCCGUGGUCAGUUGAAGGAGGAGUUCGACGAGGAAAGAGCCCUCUGGAACUCGAUCAAAGCUGACGGACGUCGCGUUGAUCAACUCAUGGUACGAAUAUACUUUCUUCAUCAACACCAGCGCUACUUAGGCCAUAACCGAAAUGAAUAUGGAAGAAAUCGAAAUGACCAUGGACAAGAAGAUCCAGAGGAGGAGCGGCGCCUCUGGAAACAAAUCAAGACAAACGCCAGACGCGUCGACAAAUGCAUCAAAGAGUCGGAUGUCUUGCAAGAAAAGAUCGCUGCCCUCGUCGCAGAACAGUCUGCUCGUCAGGAUCGCGGCGAGGAAACCUCAGCCCGUAUUGAUGACGAGCUUGAAGAACUUCUGCGCGACAACAUCCGUAAUCUAAAUGAGGCACAGACCCUUCUCCAGCCGGUCGAAGGCGGUAAUGACGUCUCCACCCAGAUGACACUACUGGCCGCCCUCCGUCAGUCGGAAGAGGCCCCGCCUUCAGCAUCACGAGCCACCAGCGUUGGGCACGGGAAGUCUGGACGCGACCGCCAAGGCAAGCGAAAGCACAACGACAACAUCGACGACCGCGACAGCAUGGCUGCGGACAGUCCUGGAGGCCCCAGCCCAAAGGUCGUUAUCAGCAGCCAGAAAGAUCGACUGGUAGCCAAGUCGGGCAGUAGCAGAGCAGGAUCGGUACCUGUUGCGAGAGAGGGCAGUGUGAAGAUGGACGAAGACGACUCGGGUAAGGAAAUCCGACCACGUCUUUCGCCACAGACAGAGGUCCUCUACCGAAACAACGCGAAGAAUCGCUCUUCCGCGUCCUCCAUGUCCUUCGAAGGCGAGGGCAUCUUAUGUCGCGUGACAUCCGUGAUCGGCGAAGGAAAGCAACGUCGGUACGAAAUCAUCGAUGCUGAUCCAGACCCCCCAACACCGUCAGUACCCUAUCGCGCUUCCGUUAACCACCUGAUACCCAUCCCGCCACCCUCAUCAAACACCACAUUACCAGACCUCAGCAAAGGCAAGAAUGUUCUCGCUCUCUACCCAGGUACCACUACUUUCUACAAAGCGGAAGUGGUGGCUGUCUGGAGGCAAAGUGAUGGCAAGGUCAAGAAAGAAGACGGUGGCAAAGAAGGAGAUGGUGUGGACAAUCUCGUCAGGUUGAGGUUUGAAGGUGAAGAUGAGGCAGAUCGUGAGAUGAGUGUAGAAAGGAGGUAUGUGCUGCCUGAUAGAUGAGCGGGUAGUCCUCCAGCGCUUCGAGAAGCGAGGUCAACUUUCGGUCAUAGUGGGCUCGUAUUGAGUCUGUGUAGGAAGUGUCGGAUACCAUUGGGGGAGGAUGUUCUUUGGCAUGGACUGGCUGCGGAUACCUCUUGUGGUGCAAUUUUGCUUUUGAUUUCUCGCAUAAUUUAGUCACGCUUUCGUUAUUAGUCCUAUCAAUACCUUGUUACUAGCAAA